AUGGCAGAACCAGUCAUGCGCUUCAGGUUGAUGAGCUGUCUUCGGUUAGUUUUCGUACCCUUGUGCAUAUUUAUACUGACGAUAUCGAAGACAAGCACUUGGAGACGGCAAGACAAGGUGACACUGACGAACUGUACAGAAAACUCUUCGUGUAGAUGGCCUCCCACAACUGUGAAUGAAACUGACCACUGGGAAGGCGGCUUCGACAUCAGCAUUUGUGUGCGACCGACAGUCAACGCAUUGAUGAACGACGAAAAUAAGGUCUAUGGCAUGAGACAGCUAUUUCGAGGAUCUAUUCCGUGGCAUCGAGUGUCGUUUAAAGACCUCGCGACACUUCCUAAGAAAUUGUGGAUGAGUGUAAACUAUCCGACGAUAUACCAAACUUAUCCCCAAGACGUUCCUUUGAGGCAAAUCGUGAGGGACAUCAAAGCUGGCAAUCCAGUUAGUUAUGUGCCAAAGUACAAUUUUCCCAUUCGACUCCUAGCUACCAGCAAAUCAGUUUGCCACGCUGGCUCCAAACACGACUUGGUACUCAUCAUCAAGAGUAGCAUUCUGCGAUGGCACACGCGCAACGUCUUUCGCGACUUCAUGCGUUUGGAGAGGGAACGAUGCCCCAACCUCACUGUCGGCUACGUCUUCAGUCUGGGCAUUCCGCGCAAGCGCGGUGGAAGGCUAUUUAAUCGAGACGGCCAUGUCAUGAAUCUAACCGGCCUUGAUGGCGACCAACUGGAAGCCUUUGAAGGCAAGGCGGAUGAGGUGAUGGAGAGGAUACAUGAGGAGAUAGCCACUCACGACGACAUUGUGUUGGCGGACUACGAGGACACCUACUUCAACCUGACCUUCAAAAGCAUCACCAAUUUCCGUUGGAUGUCCGCCUUCUGUGGUUCUGACAAUGUCCAGCUCUUCAUGACUAUGGAUGACGACCAUCGUGUCAAUCUCUCCAUGGUGGAUGAAUUUAUGCAACGCGUUCCCAUGGAAAUAAGGCGUAACUCCCUCUUCGGCUACGUAGCUACAUACGACAUGGCUAACCGGUCGCCAGGUAAGCGACGCUACCUCUCCUAUCGUGAAGUGCCAUGGGACAGGAUGUGUCCGUACCUUCGUGGCUUCGCUCAGAUAAUCGGACCUGGAGUGGUCGACGACAUGGCCAUUGGAACGGCCUACACGCGACACAACUAUGCUCCAGAGGACGUGUUCUUGGGACUGGUUGCUCAUAAACUCCAAAUUCCCAUUUUAGACGAGAAGAGCAUGUUUGAUCAUGACCUUUACGAGGAGGUGAACAAGGAGAGAAGACCAGCUAUGGUGGCAUUACAUAGAUACUUUCGUUGA